GGCACACACAUCCAGAGACCCACUCCCUCCCCUCCUGGAGACACACUGUCAUCUCUUGUCACACUGCAUCCCUGGCUCCCCCCCUCCCCAUCUUCACCCUGGUUUCCUCUGGGGACCUGCAGGACCCCAGCCCUGAAUUCGAGCCCCAGGACCCCCCUUAUCCGUUCCCUUCCAGGAUGAUGAUUCCUGCAUCCCUGGUAUUCUUAGUCUCUCCCUGGCUCCUCCUGGCUGGAGGUGUCUGUGCUCCCCCCCAGCACAUUUGACACACUCUCCCCAUCUCCCCCUACAUUGCUGCUGGGUGUCUGAUCCGUGUUCCCCUCCUCCUCUUCCUCCUCUUCUUCAUCAUCAUCAUCAGCACCUCUUCCAAAAAGGAUGCUCUGGCUAUAAGGACCUACCCGAGCCCUCGCAGGAUCACCCCCUUCCUUGCUGCAACCCCCGGCUGAUCCUUCCACAAGGAAGCAGGAUGGGGAAGGACCAGGAGCUGCUCCAGGCUGUGAAAGCCGAGGACCUGAGCACGGUUCAGAAGCUGCUGCAGAGACCCAAAGCGGGCAAAGCCAAGCUCCUCGGAUCCGCCAAAAGAGUGAAUGUAAAUUUUCAAGACACUGAUGGGUUCUCGGCCCUGCACCAUGCGGCCCUCAUAGGGAACACUGAGCUAAUCUCUCUGCUCCUGGAAGCACAGGCCGCUGUGGACAUUAAAGAUAACAAAGGGAUGCGUCCGCUCCAUUACGCGGCUUGGCAGGGCAAGAAGGAACCUAUGAAGCUGCUUCUCAAGUCUGGGUCUGCGGUGAAUAUCCAGUCAGACGAGGGGCAGAUCCCAUUGCACCAGGCGGCUCAGCAUGGACACUACGAUGUGUCUGAGAUGUUACUUCAGCACCAGUCUAACCCCUGUAUCAUGGAUAUCUCUGGAAAAACUCCUCUGGACUUGGCGUGUGAGUUUGGAAGAGUUGGGGUCGUUCAGCUGUUAUUAAACAGUAACAUGUGUGCGGCGCUGCUAGAGCCAAAGCCCGGAGAUAGUACGGACCCCAACGGGACCAGCCCCCUGCACCUGGCAGCCAAGAACGGUCACAUCGAUAUUAUCAGGCUCCUCUUGCAAGCGGGAAUUGAUAUUAAUCGUCAAACCAAAUCGGGAACAGCUCUACACGAGGCGGCCCUGUGCGGGAAAACGGAGGUGGUGCGGCUCCUUCUGGAUAGUGGGAUCAAUGCUCACGUGAGGAACACCUACAAUCAGUCAGCCCUGGACAUCGUCAAUCAGUUUACGGGCACUCAGGCCAGCAAAGAGAUUAAGCAGAUGUUACGAGAUGCCUCGGCAGCUCUGCAGGUCAGGGCGCUAAAGGAUUACUGCAAUAACUACGAUCUGACCAGUCUCAAUAUUAAAAUGGGAGACGUGAUCACGGUUUUGGAGCAGCAUCCUGACGGUCGGUGGAAAGGUUGCAUUCAUGACAACAGGACGGGCAAUGAUAGAGUGGGCUACUUCCCGGCCAAUCUGGUGGAGGCCAUCAGCAAGCGAACAGGUUCAUGGGGCUCAUGUCACAUAGAAAACCCCAGGCCACAGCCCACCGUCCAAAGGGCACCAGUAUCUAAUGGUGACCUGCACCACUCCUUCCAUUGCCUGAUGCCGCCACCACAUUCUAAUCCAAUGCUUUUCAGUACAUUUGGUUACCAAAAGUCCUGCUUUCCUGCAGGGAAACCGCAUUACGGACCAGGUUCUCGAGGAUCAGAAUCCAGUCCGUCUCAUAUGUCUCCUGGCCCCACUUCUGUGGCCCCGCCGGAGGAAAUUUGGGUACUGAGGAAACCAUUUGCAGGUGGUGAUCGCAGCAGCAUGGGCAGCACAGGAAGCGCCACCAGCGGUCGGAGUUCUGGGAGCGGCCAGAGUGCUGGCAGCCCCCAUGCUAUACCUGCUUCCGCAGAGGGGGUCAAGCUGCUCGCCACUGUUCUUUCCCAGAAGGCAUUGGGGCAGGAGCCCGGAGACGCCUGUGAGGGCCACAAAGGAUCUGCACGACCCCAGAGCGUUACAAGCUGUCCCUACAAUGAGCAAUUGCAUGGAGACCACUCAAAGAAGAUGGAAGCCAUGACAGAAGGGAAGAGCGCAGAAGCCGUCUUCCAGUGGUUGUGCAAGUUUCAGCUCCAAUUGUAUGCUCCCAACUUUAUUAAUUCUGGAUAUGACAUCCCGACCAUCAGCCGGAUGACGCCCGAGGAUCUCACAGCCAUUGGAGUGACUAAACCCGGGCACAGGAAAAAGAUCUUCUCCGAAAUCAAUAGCCUCAAUAUCGGAGAAUGGCUUCCUGAUUACAAACCAGCAAACCUGUCCCUUUGGCUAUCAAUGAUUGGGCUUGGUCAGUAUUACAAGAUCCUGGUGGAAAAUGGUUAUGAGAACAUUGAUUUCAUUACCGAUAUAACUUGGGAAGAUUUGCAAGAAAUUGGAAUCAUCAAGCUGGGUCACCAGAAAAAGUUGAUGUUGGCCGUAAAGAAACUGUCUGAGAUCCAGAGGUCUGAGUAUGGUAAGUUCGAUUCAGGCAGCAUGAGAAGAAGACCACCGCAGAAGAACCUGGAGUCAAUGUCGAUCGAGUCUCCUCCACCGGACAGUGCAGAGUGUCAGUCCCCAAAAAUGAAGACCUUCCAGGACAGUGAUCUGAGUGAUGAGUUGCAAGCAGCCAUGACUAGUGACACUCCAGAUGGCUCUGAAAAUCAAAUAAAUCAUGCACCGCACCACAGAGAAGGUUCUUACAGAGGACCCUCUGGAGCAAGGCUUCAUCAUGAAGGGAGUCUGAGUGGUCGAGCUAGGCACAUCAGCAGUUCCCAGGAACUCUUGGGGGAUGGAAGCAAAGGGCCUAGUGCUGUUAUGUCGAAGAGCCAGGAAUACUUGACAGAAGAAGUGAAGAGAGAAGAUGUAACCCGAGAAUCCAGGCCCCUCAAGCAUGGACAUUCAGUAAAAAGGGCCAGCGUCCCACCAGUUCCAGGGAAGCCUCGGCAGUCGUUCCCUCCUUCAAGAGGACAGACCUAUACCCCACCACAAACCCCAACUAAGGGAACCCCUUCAUCACCACAAGCAGUUAAUACCCCACAAGCUACUGCCAAAGUGAAGCCAACACCUCAGCUUCUUCCACCUUCUGACAGACCCAUGUCUCCUCGCUCCUUGCCUCAGUCUCCCACCCAUAGAGGUUUUGCUUAUGUUCUUCCGCAGCCUAUUGAGGGUGAAGGAGUCCCUUCCCACUUGGCACAGGCAGUGCCUGUGUUGCCAGUGUCAGUUCCAGUCUUAUGCCUUCCACCGGCAGGCGAGGGAGAAGAUGAUGAUGAAGAUGCUCAGGAAGGAGGAAAAGGAGAGCAUGGACGUCCUAAGAAGCGGGCACAUAGUUUGAAUCGAUAUGAUGGUUCUGAUGGAGAUAAAGAAGAGCUGUUGGUUAUUGAUGGUGGUCCAUACGGUACAGGACAGAGAAGAGUGGGUAGGAGCCACUCUGUAAGAUCACAAUCUGGGGUUGAUAAGAACGUUAAUCGUAGUCAGUCCUUUGCAGUGCGUCCCAGGAAAAAAGGACCCCCACCACCACCACCCAAGCGUUCUAGUUCUGCCAUCUCUGGGACUAACCUCGGUGAUGGUUUAUCUGCUGAGGAUGCAUGCGGCGAGGGCUAUAGGGAACACAGGAGAGCUAGUGACUUUGGUGGCAUAGUGGACACUGGAAGUGCUGGCAGUGUAAAGAGCAUUACUGCCAUGCUAGAACUAUCAUCCAUUGGUGGGGGACCAAGGGCUCUAUCUGGACAGAGACCAAGGGGGUCUGAUGGGUACUGCUUUCACCUCAUGCCACAUCCAGGCAGCCCUGAACUUCACCGACUUCCAGGGAUUGUGGCUGGUGUCAAGCACCGUGAAGCCAUUGGACUGGAUGGAGAGGUAGUUAAUCGUCGGAGGACCAUAAGUGGACCAGUAACCGGACUAGUGGCUGCAGCACGGAGAGAACGCCAAGAGGCCUCGAAGCCCCCUGACUCGCCGUGCAGUCCUUCUGAAGUAAUCCCUUUUGCAGAAGAGCGCAAGCUGACUGUUAAACACCGUCCACGGCCAUCAACAAAGGAGCAGGCAGGCUCUCUAACAGCAGAACAAGCCAAACACGCGGACUUGACCUCUGUUGAGUCCAGUGUGACACUUAAGCGCAGGGUGAAGGCCAGACAGGGCCAGCAUCCUGGAGAUAUGAAAUUCUUACUGACAGAAUCAGACACAGUGAAGCGCAGGCCAAAGCCCCGAGACAAGGACGGUGGAGGGGCAGAGCCACUGGUAGUCUAUCAAAAUGGAAUGGGCACAGUAAAACGCCGCCCUGUUUCGGAGAUGAGCUUGGGUCCAGUAGGACGACAGGACAGCUCAGAACAUAUACUGCAGACCCCAGAGCGCAGCAUUAAACCACCUGUGUCACCAAAGCCCACCAUUAUUCACCCUCCUGGAAAGACCCCUUCCACUCCCACAAAGAGGACUCAAGUCACAGGUCCCGGAGGAGAAGUAAAGAAGGUAAUGGGAAUUCCUCCACCCGUCUCUCCCAAACCUACUCCUCCCCCAACAGCUCCUAAGCCCACCAAACCCCAUGCGAUCAUACAAUCCUCUAGCGCAAGCUCAACUCCGGCCCCGUCUCCCGUCAAGCAACCUAACAACAUCAAACCUUCCAGCACGCCCCCGUCUCUGUGUUCCAGCCCUGCUAAGCCUCUGACUCCGGGUCACCCCCUACAGGUCCCCAUCAAACCCCCUAGGUUGUCGAUCACAAGCUCUUCCCUAGAAGGAGGGGGCAGUGAAGCCGCACAACAGAAGUUGGAGGAGACCAGUGCUUCGCUGGCUGCGGCCCUGCAAGCUGUGGAGGAGAAGAUCAAGCAGGAGGACGCACAGAAAGAUAGCUCAUCCCUGGAGGAGAAGAGUACAGUCAGUAUCCUGGAUGACAUAGGCAGCAUGUUCGACGACCUCGCAGACCAGCUGGACGCCAUGUUGGAAUGAAGCUACAGUGCUCUCUCCUCAAAGGCAAGGUCAUACUGACUGCCUCCGCUUCCCUUGCUGGGUCCUGUACAGACCACCCGCCUCCUCCUAGGGCCCUUCCGAUUUCUGCCACCUGGUCUCAGAACACGUCUAAACCUUAGCACAAGCAAGUAAAGCCGAAUACCUCAGGAUUGUGCUCAGUCAGUUCGGGGAGGGGGAGGCCGAGGUCAACCGGGAGGCGGCAACGGCUAUGGCUUUGGCGGUCCAAAAACGCGAAGAAAAGUUCCAGAAUGCAUUGCAGCACAGAGUUCAGUCAUAACCUGGACCGAGAGGACUACGCUGUGUUGUUAGCACUAAGGGUUCACAUUGAGCAGCGGAGCAGCACGCCUCCUAUUGGACGUCAGACCCAUAACUUACGCGGAAAGCUUCCCGUUUUUGUAUUUCUUGUUUUCGUCUUGUUAAGAUUGCGGUUACCAUUCAGUGUGAGAAAUGGAUAUAGACGUUUUCCCCCCAUCGUUAUCGGCUGUCUGAAGGCGAUUAUAGCACCCCCUGCUGGUGAGAAUUUAGAAGCCCCCCCUGAAUGAAUAUGGUGAUGACUAGACUCAACAAGGCAAACACCAGGUCAUUACCUGAACUCUCAUCAUCCAAUCGGUAUCCCAAUAGCCAUUUGUAG